UCGGCCAGGCACCGGGAAGAGGAACUGGGCUUUUGCACUGCCGGGUCGGGGACGUCCCAGCGCCGGGCCCCGGCCCGCGGCUCCCGGGAGCCCCCCGGCCCCAGACCCGCAGCCGCCUGCUCGGUGCUUGCUGCAAGGGAGGGGAUGGGGCGGGGAGGCCCCGGGGCGAGGACGAGCCCCUGCACCCCCUCCGCAUCCCCUCCGCACCCCCCUGGCACCCCCUCGCACCCCCUUUGCUCCCCCUCGCAUCCCCCCAGCUCUUCCCUAUUGCAUCUGCCAGGGGACCUGCUUGCAAGGUCUGCUUGCUUGCAGGUUGCGUGCUUGAAAUAAAAGUCCCCCCUCUUUCCCCCCCCAGACCCCCCCAGCUGUCCAAGCCUCCCUUCCCACCAUGAUUUUGCUGAGCAGCAUCUUGCACCUCCGCCCCCCCCGGCGCUGCGGCCCCUUGGCAGGGCUGGGCAGGGGGCCCGGCCCCGCAGCGGGGUCCCGCAGGGCGCUGCGGGUGCUGGUGGACAUGGACGGGGUGCUGGCCGACUUCGAGGGAGGCUUCCUCAAGAAGUUCAGGGCCAGGUACCCCGACAAGCCCUACAUUGCCCUGGAGGACCGGAGGGGUUUCUGGGUGUCGGAGCAAUACGGGCGCCUGGGACCCGAGCUGAGCGAGAAAGCCAUCAGCAUCUGGGAAUCAAAGAACUUCUUCAUCGAGCUGGACCCGCUCCCCGGUGCUGUGGAAGCUGUGAAGCAAAUGGCAAAUUUGGCAGACACCGACGUGUUCAUCUGCACAAGCCCUAUCAAGAAGUACCGCUACUGCCCUUACGAGAAGUACGCCUGGGUGGAGAAGCACUUUGGCCCCGAGUUUCUCGAGCAGAUUGUUCUGACGCGAGAUAAGACGGUGGUUUCUGCUGACCUGCUUAUAGACGACAGGCCUGACAUAACAGGGGCCGAGCUGAACCCCAGCUGGGAGCAUGUGCUCUUCACAGCCUGCCACAACAGGCAUCUGCAGCUGAAGCCCCCCAGCCGCCGGCUGCAGUCCUGGACUGACGACUGGAGGGCCAUUCUGGACAGCAAACGGCUGCCGCCCGGCCGGGCCACCUAAAAACCAGCCUCCCGUGGCCGCUUGGGGCUGCGGCCACCCGCUCGUCGCCCUGCGGAGUCCUGCUGAAGGCUGACACCACGGACAGACAGACAGAUGCCGUCCCUAGUGUGGAGAGGAAGAGGAGGGGGAGAUGAAGCACCAAGGACCCCAGGAGUGGAUCUCAGCCCAGCCAGGGGCAUUUACUGCCACAUCUGCACCCCCAGCAUCACUGUCCUCCUCCGGCAUGGCAUGGCGUGGCUCUCUGUCCCUGUGGGGCACGGUCACACCCGUGGUGGAGUUGUCCUCCGGCUGGCAUGAAGGAUCCCCAUCCACCCUCGUCCCUGAGGAGCUGCUGCAGCUACGCACAGAGGGGCUUUAGAGCUGCUUUGGGAAGAAGGGAGCAGAUGUUUCUUUACACAAGAGCUGCAAGAAACCAUGCGGGCUGGCAGAGGUGAGGGGGGUUCUUUACCCUGUCCGAAGGCUUUUCCUCCUUCCCCAGCUCUGGGCACUCGCCUCCCAAAUUUCUGGGGCUCUUCUCCCACUGCCCAUCACUCAGGCCUCUCACCCUGGGCAUUGCUCAUGCAGCAAGCAGGCAGAGCAGUGCUGGCAGAAGCCCUUUUUGGAAGCCCAGCAGCUUCUGCAGGAGCUCCCGUCUCACCCUGCAAGCCAGUGAUCUGAUGGAUUUCAAAGCCAGGGAGGUCUGCACAAUGCUGGCUGCACGGUCCGUGCCCCAUCUCUCUCCUCAUCGUGCCCAAAAUCAGCUCGCCAGGAGAGCUCUGGGUGUGCGUCCACCCAGAGGUGGAUCCUUCUGGGGAUGGAUCCUUCCAUGCAGAAAGCCUUGGGUGGUGCAAACCACCAGGCUCAGGCAGCGGGACCGUCGAUGCUGCCGAGCUGAUUGCCUGAUUGUCUGGUUUCACCUCGGGGAAGCCGGCCGGGGCUGCGAGUGGCCAGCUGGAACAACGGGCACUGAAAAGGGAGCGCUCGGAGCAAGCGGCAGCUCCGGGAGGGACAUGUUUAAGAAGAGCUGUACCUCUUCUUUCCCUGCCUGGCUGGUUCCCACCUCCCUGAGCCUGUGCCAGCCCCUGAACUGCACCACAAAGCAGCCGCUGCUGCUUCUCCUGCUGGCCCUGGAGAGGAGAUGUCCUUGUCCUGGGGGGGCACUGCACUGGGUGUCCCCAGGCAGAGCCCCAGGGACGUGCAGGGUGCGGCACGGCCAUCACUGCAGCUCUCUCAGGGGUGAUUCAGGGUAUCCAGCAGCACUGCCCACCCCAUUUGGGAUCGCACCACUAUCCCCUGCUGACCUGGACCAAGGACUUGCUGACCACGGGGGUGAAAUUCCCCGCUGGGACAUGUGGCAUGGGUCAGCCACCCCGUGUGCUGCUCAUCCAGCCUUUGGCUUCCCUCUCCUCUCUUCUUUUGGCCCCAUCAGCAAAAAAACAAUGUGAGCUGAAAGCCACGCAGCCAACGAACAGCACAUUUCAGCAGCAGCAGUUGCCCCACCACGUCUGGGACUCAGAGGGGCUCUCGAAGUCGGUGCUUCUGAAUCCGUGCCUUCCCCAGCUGCUGUGGGGCCAGGGGUGAAGCCCGAAUUGCCUCAGCUCUUUCUGAAAGCUGCCCCGUCUCUUGGGAUGGGGAGGUUGUGUAAAGACCGUGUGGUCUGAGAGUGACGUACCGCAAGGAUUUAACUUUUUUUUUUUAUUUUUUUAUCCUGUUUAAACCACUUUGUGCUUCUCCGGGCACGUGUUUGGGCUGUGUCUGCAGUGCUAGCCACCUGAGGAGCAGCUCUCCGUCCAAGAGCAGCCCUGGCCGGGGCUUUGCACGCAGGGAGCAGGGACAGCGGGCGAGCGCAGGCAGCUGCUGCGGCUGCUGAGCAUCACACGUGGCAUUGCAUGGGCUCCAAGUUCAGCUUGUCCCUCGUGGCACCAUUUAAACAAGAGCUGCCCAAGCUCCCCGGGGCCCUUUCCUCGAGCUGAAACUGGAGCAGGCGCGUUGCUACGGCUGCCCCAAACCCCACAUCUUUUCCCAAAGCUGGGGCGGACCCAGGGGAUGCAGCUUUCCAGGUCCAGAUCUUUCCCCCUUGGUGCGUUGUGUGAUGCCAGAGAGACCACAUGGAUUCACACCAAAUAUACUUGAAAGCAGGGCAGGAGUUUGUCCCUGUAUGAGACUCUGCCUGGAUGCACAGAAAUCCCGCAUGGUUGCCGUCCUGUUGGGGCCAUGACACGACUUUCCAUCACCCAGUGGAGUGGUCCUUUUAGUGCUCGAGCCAUUCUGCAGCCAGCUGGGAUGCACAGAGCUUUUAUUUUUAAACGCACAUCUAUAAAACAGAGGCUGGCGAGGAGCACUGCAAUAAACACCGGGGUUUAUUGGCAUCCAGCUUCCCAGAAACAGAGUUCGGGCUUUGCAGUUGCCCCCCUUGUGGCUCUGCUGUCUGCGUGGGGGUGCUGGGGGGGUUUUGCACCUGGGGCUGGGGAGUCCUUGGGGCCAGAAAACCUGAAACCAGCCCUGCCAGCACAGCAGUGCCAUUACACAGAGUCCCCGUGGGCAGAACGAGAACCAAGGGGCAGUUUUAGUGCUGGGAGGGAUGCUCCAGGCAGGGAAUGGCCUCCUGUGCCCUCCUCCAGGAUCAGCGUGGCACAGAGGAAACAAGCACUGACGCUGGGACGAAGCAUGGGAAUUGUUGUUCUUUCCCCUGUUGUUGUUGUUCCUGUUGUUCUCAUUUUUUUGUUUGUUUGUUUGUUUGUUUGUUUGUUUUCCUGGCAGUAGCUCACUGCCACGUCCAGCUUUAAGGACAGUUUGAAUUUCCUCUUCCAGCUCAGACCACUGCAUUCGAUGGUUGCAAGAACUCCUUAAUUUAGCCAGUUCACCGGUGAGCCCAAUCCUGCCACAGCUCGGACCCUGCCUAGAUGCCACGGCAAGGAAAAAUGUGGUACAGCUCGUGCCCGAGAUGUGCAUUUCUGAGCCCGAGCCCCGAUGCUGGGGGUCCGCAGGGAGGAUGGGGCAUUCACAGCAGGGCUGGGCUGUGCGUUUCCGUGCUCUGCUACGACAUCCGUGAGCUGGAGAGGAAAUCCUGCUGGAGCUCAGGCACAGCGCGUGUCCCUGGCACUCUCAGGGUUAACCAAAGAGCGUAGAUUUGGGGCUUUUCCUCUCUGUUUGGGCUACAAAGAGAUGCAUGUUCCCAUUGCCACGCUGCAAAGGAGACGCACAAUAAACUUUUCUGUGCCAC